ACCACGGUAUAAUUUGCUACUUAUUCACCGGUUAGCACAUGUUCACAUGUUAUAAUGGCAACUCAUAAUAAAAGUCAAUUUAAAUUGAAAAAAAGCAAGAAACAUAAUAAAAUUAAAGCAAUUGAUCCUUUCUAUACGGGUGACAGAAAAAAUAUUUGUGAAAGGAAAAACAUAAACUUGGCACCAGACAAUGAUGAUGAUCAUGUUCCUAGAAUAUGGAAAGAAAUGAUGCGACUUAAAGAGCAGUAUGAGGAAAAAAAAACUAAAAGUCCAAGAACUGUUGAUGCUAAAGUUGGAAAGGAUUGUAAGAAAGGUGUUGUAGGUAAUGUAAAACAGAAGAAAGUAAAACAACCGCAGCCAAACAAACAAAAGCAGUCACAGAUGAUUGCCGAUAGUGAAGCAGCACCGAUGUAUAUCCCACUGGUCAAGAAAGAGGAAGAGAGUGACUGGUCUUAUCUACACAGGACAAAGCAAGAAGUGAAGAAAGUCUUUGAGAAAAGUAGAUUGUCUGAUAAAUACAAGAUUCGAUAUGCAGAUGUCGAUUCUGGUAAAAACAACAAACGUGUAAUUAAAGCAAGCAAAAAGAAGAGACUGAAAGAACUAACAAAAUUGAAAAAAGAAAAGAAGGAAGAAUAUAAAAACAGAAACAACACCGGUUUUGAACAUUUUAAAGAUGAAGUGGUGUUUGGAGAAGUAGCUAUGGCACCUCCUGUAAUCAAAGCUAAACCUCGGAAAGCUGAUUCUGCCAAUGUUUCAAAGCCUGGAAGAAAGGAGCUUCUCUUGAAGAAGAUUUUAGAACAGAAUUCUGAACCAAAAGCAAAGAAGAAUCCUGAAACAAAAACAAAUAAGAACACUGAAACAAAACCAAAAAAUAAAAAGUCAACAAAAUUGAAAUAUUUAUCAUUAGCGAAACAAAGUAUGUUAUCAGAAGAGCGGGAACGAGUUGUAAAACUGUACAGAGAAAUGAAGAAGAAAAAUCGUGCUGCAAAUAAUAAAAAAUAAAAUAUUGUU